AUGGGCCAUGCAGACUCGUUCGGCAAGCGGCCCAUACACGAUUGCACCCGCUGGCACUUCAAGGAAUACCGGUGGAGCGAUUCAGCCCAAAUGUGGGCGACAAGAGGGCCAGCAUAUGUGAGACAGCCAGCCAGUGCAAGCUGCGUGCUCGGCAAGCCUGAGCCCACUGCCCUGCAGAGCCAUUUACAAAGUAGCCACCGGCGGGCUGAACUCGGCCUCUCCGGGUGCCAUGACGCUUCGGGCCCCGAAGGAAAUGACCUGCAUCCCUGCUUGGUCCAGUCAUUCCCCGAGCUCUGA